GCGGUUUCUCUAAAGCCUCAAAUCCGACCUUCAACUGAAGAGUUUCGCUGUUAGGGCUAAGUUCACUCUUCAACUUCUCAGGUCUUGCAAGAGUCGGCCUGAUAGCAUGGAUGAUAAGUACAUAGGUAUUGAGAAGAUUGCAGAAGGAGGCUAUGGUGUGGUUUACAAAUGUUUUGAUACUGUGAAUGCAAAAAUAGUCGCCGUUAAGAAGAUUAUCGUCCCUGAUGAUCUCAAUGGUACCCCAAGCUGGUUAAUAAGGGAAGUCUCUAUUCUGAAAGAGAUGGAGCAUGAUAACAUUGUCAGGUUGCUGGAUGUCUUGAACAAAGACAACACUGUUUAUCUUGUGUUUGAGUAUCUGGACCUUGAUCUCUUUUCAUUUAUGAUGAGAACAGAGCUACCUAGGAAUUCACAUGUCAUAAAAGACUAUCUGCGCCAGAUUCUUUGUGGUGUAGCUUACUGUCAUGCACAUAAGGUUCUUCACCGAGAUUUAAAACCUCCGAAUUUGCUGAUAGAUAUGCGCACAAACAGAGUGAAGCUGGCAGAUUUUGGAUUUUCUAGAGUAGUUGCCAUUCCCUUGAAGUCAUAUACCAAUUGGGUAGGAACUCCUGGGUACAGAGCUCCAGAACUUUUGCUUGGCUCACGACAAUACUCUUCUGCCGUUGAUAUCUGGUCCGUGGGCUGCAUAUUCGGUGAGAUGGUGCUCUGCGGGUCUCUUUUUACUGGCGAGACCGACUUUAGUCAGCUGCUCUCAAUAUUUAGCAUUUUGGGCACACCAAAUGAAGAAAAUUGGCCAGGAGUGUCCUCUUUAUCAGAAGAGAUUAGUUAUCUACCCAAGGUCAAUCCUAAGGAUCCGGCAAAGGUGUUCCAGGGUCUCGAACCUGCUGGAGUUGAUCUUCUCUCUCAGAAAAUGCUGUGUCUGGAUCCAAGUAAAAGAAUUACUGCUCGUGAUGCGCUCAAGCACGAGUAUCUCAUCACUUAGCCUGUUGUCAAUUUGACAUUCCCCUCAUCCUCGUCUCCCUGUUAUGUUGAUAGACACAAUCACUAGAUUUUCAUCUGAAUAAGCAGGUGGAAAAUUGAUCUACCCCUCCUUGUUUGAACCACCAAAAUCUCUCCUAACUUUGCAGCCAUCAUUCUUUUAGACUGUAAGGUACUUCAUUCAUCACCCAAUUGUCACAGUUGCUGGUACAGUAGUACUUCU